GGGUCCCGCCAGGGCCUCAUACAAGGACACGGGCAAUACGGGAGACAGCAUGUGGCGCAUUGUGUGCAGCUGCCUCCUUGGAUUGGUUGCUCUCGCAGGUCAAGCCCACGUGUGCUUCAAAGAUUGGAGAUCGUGUCUCUUUCAGGGCACUCGAAUGGUAUCCUCGCCCAGGGCCGUAGCCAUUGUGCCUCAAGCUGCCCAGGCUCACCUCACGCUGGCGCCAGGCUGCGCCGGCUGAAGGUCGAGGGCGUGCAAUACAUUACUCCUUCUUGCUUGGCGAAUAUUUUGAAACGUCCACCCUGUCUCCAUGGAGCACCGUAGACUGCUUCUCUCGAUUGCUCUGCAGCUGGCUCUCCUGUCUUCCGUUUGCUUCUCCACAAGAGCAGCUCGUGUUGAUGCAGGUUCGUUGGCCAACAGCCACGAAAUUCAUCAACGGAUCAACGCAGGCUCGCGCGAAGGGCAAUUAUUGUCCGGAAGGGAGCGUCUGGCAAAUGCGAGCCCAAGCAGGAAGGGCAAGGGCUGCACGCUUACAUUCGUAAACAACGCCACCCUGCCGAUCAAUUUGCUUGCGCUGCCCACGCUGAUGACACUCUACGCCAGGACCGAAAACUACAUGAUGCCUGGGGCAACGUUCUCGUUCUUCCCUGGCAUGGGUGCGUACGACAUUCACGCAGUCAUAACAGACGGCCAGAACAAUUGGACAAGCGUCGGGGAAACAACCUGGGGCUUGACCAAGUACGGCACAGGGUACGUCGUUGGUAUUGCGGUAGGCGCGGGCGCCGCAGGAACCAUUGCGACCACCGCCACGAUCUUCGUCACAGGUAUCCUUGCCGCUGUCGUGGCCCCACCCGCGUUGCCAUUCAUUGCUUUUGGGACAUUCUGGGGCACAGCUUUCUUUUCGUCCAUGACGGUAUAUGCUUUAACCGACAAGGCGAUGGAUAUUGUCAAAUAUAAAAUUGUAGACGUCGUGAGCAACGAAACUCGUGACGCAAGGGUGUUAAGUGAGCUGCAAGGGAUGAGUGAUCUGCCCAACAGCCACCCAGAUCAUCUCUUCCUCUUCGACACAGUUGUGACCGAAGAGCCCGUGAGAGCGGCGUUCGCCCUGUCGUACCCUGGCGUGGACACAAGCCGACUGGUGAUUACUCGCCGGCAGGCCGAAAUCUAUUUUACAAGCAUGGUGUCUGACUUCAAAGAGUGGGCCGUCAUCAAGGGCUACACUCGAAGCUACCUGAUCAAGGGCGGCUUCACACAGCCUGAAAGAGUGCCCGGCACGACUUGGCGCAAGACGGGGUUCGAGCCUUUGGUCAUGGGCGAGAUCAAACGGGGCACCCCUGGGCUCUGCCAGAAGACGCUGGUGAUCGAGUACGCUGGCGGGAACGGCACAGAAGGGGUGGCACGCGUGCAAAGUGAUUGGGACAAGGUGCCCGUGGCCGAGAAGUCCGUGCCAGGCGAUCGGGCGGACCAGGAGUGCAGGAAGAGGUACGUGGCAAUGUGUGAGCGCAGCAGCCUUCGAGUGUACACCGAGUGCCGCCUGAGCGGCCUGAGCUUCAGCGGUGUGGACCUCAGCGGGCCCUCGAAAUGACAGGACCGUUUCUUGUACCGCGUUCGUUCUUCAGUCCUGUUGCAGUUUCCGACGCCGACGUUCCCGCCGCCGUUGUUUACCGUCUUCGUUUUUCCUCCGGUGGGGCCUGGCCCGGAUCACCAUGUUCUGUCGGAUCCGAGCCGUUCUCGCGCCGGUUCCGAGCACCCUUUGGAUCCCCA